AUGUCCACCACCAUGACCAGCACCACGGCCGUUGAGCCGUCGAAGCCGAACAUUGGCGUCUACACCAACCCCAAGCAUGACCUGUGGGUGGCCGAGGCGGAGCCCACGCUGGAGCAGGUCAAGAGCGGCGAGGCGCUCAAGGAGAACGAGGUCACAAUCGCAGUCAAGAGCACCGGCAUCUGCGGAUCCGACGUCCACUUCUGGCACGCGGGCUGUAUCGGGCCCAUGAUCGUGCGCGGCGACCACAUCCUGGGGCACGAGUCGGCGGGCGUCAUUGUCGCGGCGCACCCGUCGGUCAAGCACCUGAAGGUGGGCGACCGGGUCGCGGUCGAGCCCAACAUCCCGUGCCACCAGUGCGGGCCGUGCCUGGUCGGGCGGUACAACGGGUGCGAGAACGACAAGUUCCUGUCGACGCCGCCGGUCAACGGGCUGCUGCGGCGCUACGUCAACCACCCGGCCAUCUGGUGCCACAAGUUGCCGGACAACCUGACGUACGAGGACGGCGCGCUGCUGGAGCCGCUGGCGGUGGCGCUGGCGGGCAUGCAGCGCGCCAACCUCCAGCUCGGCGACCCGGUGCUGGUGUGCGGCGCGGGGCCCAUCGGCCUCGUCACGCUGCUGUGCUGCCGCGCCGCCGGCGCCGAGCCGCUCGUCGUCACCGACAUCGACGAGGGCCGCCUGGCCUUCGCCCGGGAGCUGGUGCCCGGCGUGCGCACGCACAAGGUCGAGUUCGGCCACUCGCCCGAGCAGUUUGCCCAGUUCGUGCACGAGAAGAUGGACGGCAACGAGCCCGCGCUCGCCAUGGAGUGCACCGGCGUCGAGAGCAGCAUCGCCGGCGCCAUCCAGGCCGCCAAGUUCGGCGGCAAGGUCUUCGUCAUCGGCGUCGGCAAGAGCGAGAUCAAGAUCCCCUUCAUGCGCCUGUCCACCCGCGAGGUCGACCUGCAGUUCCAGUACCGCUACUGCAACCAGUGGCCUCGCGCCAUCCGCCUGCUGGCCGGCGGCGUCAUCGACCUCAAGAAGCUCGUCACCCACCGCUUCGCCCUCGAGGACGCCCUCAAGGCCUUCGAGACGGCGAGCGAUCCCAAGACCGGCGCGAUCAAGGUGCAGAUCCAGACCUAUGAUUGA